CUCUUCUUCCUGCAUAGCAAAAGAACUCCAUCGCUGCUGCCUCCCUCUCUGUUUCCGUCUUCGUGUGAUAGGCUCUGUGAUCUGCUGAGCCGCCGUAGCCGAGCUCGGCCAUGGGCGUUCAGCGCCACCGGCUUCGCCGCCUCUCCGCUGCCGUCGUCGUCUUCGUCUUCGCCGUAGCUCUCGGAAGUGCAUCGGUGGUAAUCGCCCAGGAAGCGGGAGACACAGGGCUUACGCUCUGGGAAAAAGAGAACCGGGUGCAAGUCUUGGUGGCUCGGAGGAGGCUCGGUGGCCCAGGCUCGUCGCCGCCGAUCUGCAGGGCUCGUUGCGGCCGGUGCCUCCCAUGCCGACCGGUGCACAUGGCGAUCCAGCCGGGUCGGAGCUUUCCGCUUGAGUACUACCCGGAGGCAUGGCGAUGCAAAUGCGGCGGCAAGCUCUUCAUGCCCUGACAGCAGAACACAAUUAAUGGCUGGUGACGGAAGAAGGGAAUUCCAUCGAUUGGUUCUUCGUGACAUCGGUACAAAUCUAAGUUAUACUUCUUGCUGGUGAUCGGAUUUAAAAGUCUUAGUUGUUCUUGGCUCAGUUGAAGUCAAAAGUUUUGGAUUAGCUCUCUAUAAAUAUGAGGUAGAGUGAAGAGAGAUUGUUCUUCUCCUUUUUAGUUUGUUGAGGUAUACAAAUAUUUAGUCUUUGAACUAUCUUCAUUCUUUUUUUCUCUUUAGUUCAGUCUCUGUGCAUUGUUAGAGAGAGACUGAGAAGGGAGAAUUUAUUAGAGACAAUUGAGGGAGAAAAAAACAAUAACAUUUAUCAUAUUUAGUAAAUAUAUAUGGAAGUAUACUAUUCUGAAGGCAGGGAAGAAAUACAUCAUAUUUUUAUUAAAUGAUGCCUUCCAUAUUAUGAAUGGUAUUAAGCUUAAUACGAAUGAAGCCUAAGAUCCUCUACAGAGGGCU